UUAUCUCUUUCAUGCACGUAUAUCAGAGCUUCAUUGCGGUUUGAAGAAGAAAAAAGAUUUGCGAAAAGAGAAGUUUUUCAGUCCGAGAUUAAAGUCCCUGCUGUAAAGACACACGUUCGUUAGUUGUCAUGCUUUCUUCGGUUGUGCAAAGAAAAAUUAAAUAACAAUACAUUUUUUCUUUUGUUAUUUUACCUUUUUAGUUUUUGUAAUUUUUUAUAAUUUUAUCAAAAGUGAAAAAAAAAAUUUAAAAAAGCUUCUUCAUUCUCGAAAUAAGAAAAUGGUUACAUCUUACUAAGUACCAUCAUUUUCAUUCCUCCAUGUUGUUGGAUAUCUCAUAAAUGUAUAUUAUAUAGUGAAUUAAUCUGUGAUAAAGUGAUGACAAUAAUGAUCUUCAUUACCUGUAUUAAAUUAAAAUAAGUAAAACUUAAGAAAAAUUUGAUUAAAAAAUCAAGAAUUAAAUAAAUUCGGAGGCCAUUUUGUGAAAAUCAUCAAAUUUUCUUUUUGGGGAGCGAAGAAAAAAUAAGAAAAAGAAAAAGAAGAAAAGUUUUAGUGAAAAAGCUCUUUUUGAACAGCACCAAUCAGCAUAACAUAAAACAAAAUCUUGCUUUUAUUGUGGAUUACAUAAAUUUAAAGAAGCAAACUAAACUGAGAAGGCAUAAGACAUCUAGACAUGUUCAGGGAUUUUUAUAUCGUAGUACUGCUGUUGCUAUCAACUAUCGAGAAUAAUGGCAUUAAUGCACGAGCACCACCAGAGCCAUACUACGGACGUUUAAUUGGUAGUUUUACAGAAUUUGCCCAUGGAAUUAAGGGCAUAGUGUAUGCAGUUGAUGAGUCAACCUUGUUUAUAAAAGGAUUUGCCUACGAUGGGACUGGACCAGACGCUUUUUUUUGGGUGGGCAAUUCAGCGAGACCAAGUCCUGAAGGCUACAUCAUACCUUAUCCUGAAGAAUAUAGUGGAAGAGAACCACCAAUUUUACAAGCGCACAAUAAUACUGACAUCAUUUUGAGAUUGCCUAUGGGUAAAAGAAUUCGUGAUAUUCGAUGGCUUUCUGUAUGGUGUCGUCGAUUUACGGUUGAUUUUGGUGAAGUUUUCAUCCCACCAUUGCUAGAUGUACCAAGACCAAGAGUAUUACCAGAGUUUAAAAGAUUAGCACAUGGUCUUAGAUCAAGUAAUAUAAGCGUAUUAGAUGCAAAGACGUUUUAUAUUCCCAACCUUCACUACGAUGGAGCUGGGCCUGACGCUUAUUUCUGGGUAGGAAAUGGCUCUCAACCAAACAUUAUGGGAGUCAAAGUUCCAAAUGAACUAGGAAGCUAUGAAGUUUUGCGCGGCUAUCAAGGUGAAGAUAUAGAGAUACAACUGCCAGGAAAUUUAACAGUUUAUGAUAUUGACUGGUUGGCUGUAUGGUGCGUAGAGUAUCGACAUAAUUUUGGUCAUGUUGUGAUUCCAAAGGAUUUAGAUGUGCCUCCUGCUUUAGGACAAACGAAAAUAACUCCUGAAUGGUGGUAUAAUCCUACGACAACAACUACUCAGAGGCCAAAGGCGAAGAACUGUAAAGAAAUAAUCGAUGGAAAGCUUCAAGUGCAGUGGGAGAUACAAGGAGAUUCUGUAGUAAUUGAACUGUAUGGUAGAAUAACAGAAGAUCAAUAUAUGGCCUUUGGCCUAUCUGGAGCUAAUGGUCGAUCACAAAUGGUAAAUGGUGAUGUGGUUGUAGCAUUUUACGACAGGAGCCAAUUAAGAUUUCGAGUUGAGGAUUAUUAUAUAUCCCAUUUAUCACAAUGUGACGGCAAACAAGGCGUUUGUCCUGACGAAAGAAUUGGUGGAAGAAACGAUGCAGUUUAUAUACAUGGGGAUAGAAAAAAUGGAGUAACGUAUAUAAAAUACCGACGUUUUCUUCAGACAAAUGAACCCGUCAAUGACCAAGCAAUCCCAAUAGAUCGUGAAGUUAAUGUAAUUGCAGCAAUUGGGCCACUUAAUUCUCGAAAAGAAGCGAAUUCUCACUCUCACACUGGUGAUGAGCACACAGUUGAUGACAUUAAAAUAGAUUUUUCAUCAAAAAAUGAGCAUUCAUGUAUGUCGUCAUUAUAUGAUAGAAAAGAUGAAAAUAUUGUAAAGCCUUGGCCAUCAAGAACAAUAAUUAGUGAAAAUACGAUAACUGCAAAAAUUGGACCUACUGGAGGCAAGAAGGGUUAUACAGCGAUUACUGGUUAUCCUUCUUGGGGAAUCGCAUGGUAUUUAAAUGACUUGUUAAUCCCAGAAGUUUAUGUAGAGAGAGGCCAAACAUACACCUUCCUUAUAGAAGGUGGAAACGAUGAAACACAACCAGCAAGAUAUCAUCCUUUCUAUAUAAGCGAUUCAGAUGAAGGUGGUUAUGGUCAAAAAUCACAACUUAAACAAUCACGUCAGACAGUUUACGCUGGUGUUAAAUUUGAAGAUGAUGGCUAUCCAAAGCCUACAGCUGCAGGACGAUAUUGUGAAUGGCAACACAUCACAAUCGACAAAUCAAAUGACAUUGAAACAUUCGAAGAAUAUAAAAAGACCUUGAAAUUAGAAUGUGAGCCGGGAGAACCAGCUGUUCUUAAUUGGACGGUCUCUUUUGACACACCAAAUUUGGUUUAUUACCAGUGCUACACUCAUAAUAACCUUGGAUGGAAAAUACACGUAGUCGAUCCAGGCACAACAUUACACAGAAAUGGAGUUAAUAUUAUAUAUUUAAAUAUAUCAUUAUUACUGAUACUAAAUCUAAUUGCCAUUCAUUAUGCUAACGCCAUAAGAUGUAACUUAUAGUUGAUAAAUAAAUUUUUCAUAUUAACCUUCAAAUAGCAUAACUUUUCCAAAUACAUUACAGAAGGUAAAAACUAGAUAAUUUUAAAUUUUUAAAAGCUUUCAUUUUUCUUGAAAGCACAAAAUAUUCAGUCGGAGAAAAAGAGAAAAACUUUAGAAUGAGACCAUUAACUUUUCUCAAAAAUAAUAUCAAAAUUUCAAAAAAGAACAUUUUGAAGUUUUUAACCUUGCGAUAUCUACGAAAAACAUAUCUGUGCGAAUGUUGUGUCUGCUAGAUUCGUGUGGGUGAGUACUUUAGUUUUUAAGGCUAUUUCGAUCAAAAGCAACGAUGCCAUUUGGAUAAAGUUACAACUUUUUCCCCUCAUAUUAUUAAAUGUACGAAAAAUUAUUGUGGAAACGAGCAAAAAGUUAUGAUACAAAAUUUCAAUUCUGAAAAGUAAGAUAACUAAUGUUUUACAGCAGCUUUUCAAAAAUUUCCCCUUCGUACAUGAAACAUGAGCAAGCAGCAAAGUUGUAAAAGAAAAAAAUGACGUGAAGACAAUAAGAAAACAAAAAUAAUUUUGGAAAUCACUGACAAUAAUCUUUUAAAAAUAAAUUAAAAUUAAUGAACAAAAAAAUAUGUCAAUUUUUUGAUAACAAUUAUGAAUUAUAAAAAAUUAAUGAAACCAAUUUUUUGCGUAUGAAACAAACCUAAACGUAAUUUUCAAUUGAAAAAAUUUAUUUUCUCAUUAGUGUUUCUUUU